UACAACAUAGUGGGAAAUAUAAACAUAUAUGGGUUUAGGAGGAUUGGAUUACGAGGAGGCACGAUCUACUCCCAAGCUCUCUCUCUCUAGGCUUCCAUGCAAGCCAAAACUCCCCAUACAAAUGCUUACGCCGCCGCUCCACCCCUCGCUCUCCAUCCCAUUUCAAUGGGAAGAGGCGCCGGGAAGGCCUAGGUUUUCCGCCGAUGCUGAGGCCGCUGCCACGACUUGCUGCUUGGACUUGCCUCCCAGAUUGUUGCUGCAUGACGACCCCCAACUUACCAUAAUGCCCUCGCCCCCCACGCUCUUCGACGGCCCUUACGCCUCUCUUUUUGCAUGCUGCACCUUCUCCUUCCGCGGCUCGGCCCGCUUCCGGAGAUUUACUACUUAUUCUUGCGGCGGCUCGAGCUCGAGUUCGAGGAGGAGGUGGAGAAGAUGCUUCAAGUUUCCCAAGGAAGAGAAGGGUAGUUUCGACCUUUCCCAGACGCUGGGAGAUUUUUUCAUGCCUGACAAAAACAAAAUGCAUAAGAUGCCAAGAAUUAGAAGAGUGUUCGAUUUCUCCCUUAAUUCUAACUUGUUAGACAUUUAUGCACGCUUUAAGCAGGCGAUUCCAUGGCGGCGUAGAAGAUGAAAUUCCUCGCAGGCCAUUCAUUAUUAUUGUUAUUAUUUUUUGGCAUUUUAAUUUUGUAUCUCCUUAUUUUAAUUAUGCGUUUCUCAUGCAUGUACGAAAUACUACAUGCGUGACUUGUAUUGACAAAAAAAUGUUUGAGACCAUGCAAUGUUUUUAAAGGAAACCCAAACCACUUUUUAUAUAA